GUACGACGAAACUGGUUAGUGAAAGUGGUCCAAAAAAUGGCGUUAUGUCAAAUCCCGAUCUCGACGAGAAAUUUCACGAAGGAACACGAACGCGGACUUCCAAUAACACCAAGCCACCGUCGAAGAAGUCUCUCUCUUCCCCCAACCCCCAUCAACUCGGCACUCUGCUCUUCCAAGAUCACCGCGGUCUCCCAAGGCGGCGGCAACCAUGGCGAGGGGCGCGCGGUACUCCCGGACGCUCCUCGGCCGGAGAUCCUCCUCGUUCACUCUGAUCCUGGCGGCCCUCCUGACCGCGUCGGUCGUCCUGCCGAUGCUCCUCGGCUUCGGAGUCUUCUCGCUCCCCGUCGGUUCCGACGACCGCGCUAAGCCUGACCUCCGCCCCCUUCGAUCCGUCCACGAAGCAUUUUGCAGGAAGGAUGAUAUGGGGCAGAUAGGGGAUCAGUGGACGGAGGUGCUCUCGUGGGAGCCUAGGGCGUUUAUAUACCACAAAUUUCUGUCCAAGAAAGAGUGUGACUAUCUGAUUGAGUUAGCGAAGCCUCACAUGGAGAAAUCAACAGUUGUUGAUAGUGCCACUGGUUGGAGUAAAGACAGCAGGUUUGCAUUUCACAGGGUGAGGACGAGUUCGAGCAUGUUUCUUAGAAGAGGAAAAGACAAAAUUAUCUGUGCAAUUGAGAAAAGGAUAGCAGAUUAUACCUUUAUACCUGUAGGUAGUAUUCAGCAUAUUAUACAAACUGAAGAACUUCAUCACUGGGUUCUCCAUUAUGAAGUUGGUCAGAAAUACGAUCCGCACUAUGAUUCUUUCCAUGAUGAAUUCAAUACCAAGAAUGGGGGUCAACGUAUUGCUACCCUUCUCAUGUAUCUUAUAUCUGUUGCUCAGUUCUCAUGUUGAGGAAGGUGGUGAAACUGUGUUUCCCUUCUGAGAAGGUAAAUAGCAGUUCUUUACCAUGGUAUAAUGAGCUAUCAGACUGUGCAAAGCAGUUUCUUUCUGUUAAAACCAAAAGAUGGGAGAUGCAUUACUCUUCUGGAGCAUGAGGCCAGAUGCCACUCCAGAUCCAUCUAGUUUGCACGGUGGAUGUCCUGUUAUUAAAGGAAAUAAGUGGUCUUCUACAAAGUGGAUGCGCAUGCAUGAGUACAGGGCUUAGCUACCAAACUAAACAAGAAUUUUCCUGUCAUCAUGAUUCAUGAUGAGAUACGAAGCAGACCUAGAGAUGGCAACCUGAGAUACGAAGCAGCAGACCUAUCGUCAGUCUUGAUGAUAGUAGCAGUGAUGCUCGGGAUGGUUAGAGAAAAAGAGGAUGAUAUGAGGCAUAUAAAGUAACCUUAUAAAUUCUUGAUUCCGGUGGUUGGGGAUGUAAAUGUAUGACAAAGCAACUUUAGUCUCCUUUUUUUCAAACUCACAAGAAUAUAAAUGUUCACCAAAUGGGUUAUGGUUA